CCAAUAGGCACUUCGCGCGUUCUUAAGCCGCGGUGCACUCGUGUCGCUCGUUUGCUUACAAAAAAAGCGCGCCUACCGCUUAUCGCCUGCACGCGGAUACACCUGCGCAGUGUGCUGCAAUUUUGAAAGGCGAGCUGGCUUCUCGGGGAGAGAUGUGCACAGAGGCAUACGCGCGCGGAGUGUCUCUCUCUCUCUCUCUCUCUCUCUCUCUCUCUCUUUCUCUCUCCGUUGAGAAGGCGCGCUGUUGUUUCAUCGCAGCUCCUUGGCGCGAGCGAUUCACACGAGAGCGGGCUCCGGAGGCGCGAACAACAAAGCGAGCGACGCGCGGCUUAGUGUCGUUAGACGAGGUAAGCACUCGAAAAAGCACUCGUAAUUAGAUAAUCGCCGCGCCGUUGCACAAGGCGAGCGCCCGCGUUCGAAAGUGACGCAAGGAAGCGGAAGGAUGCGCGAUAUGUAAAUCUCGAUUGUGCAAAUUCGCCAUAAUUGCUCUUGGCGAUCUCGUGUGUCUUUCUUUCUCUUGUCGCGUGCGGAGUUUUCGAAUUGAUCGUAAUGAGCGCGCGAAAGUCGCCACUUCGCCUAUUACGAAUCUCUCGCAUUUACGUGGAAAAUUAACAGCGCGCGCGGGCAAUAUUAUAAGGUGUUCCCCGGUAAUGUGUAUCUCGGACUUACGUAACGCUUCACAACAAUAAUAAAAUCGCGUAAUAACGUCGUCGCUAUGUUGUCGAUAUUACAGGCAAUAAAUAACAGGAGUGGCCCGGAUGUCCAUCCACGUCUAUGCUUGAGUAACGCUCGUUUUUUAUGCAUUCGCGGGGUGAGAUUAAUAGCUGCGCUUGUUUCUUCGUUCCGAAACGAGAAAAAUCCGGAAUGACGGUAGCAGCAGCAGCAGCAGCAGCACCUCGUUAUAUACGUUUCUGAUAACGCGCUGCCUAUAAAAAGUAAAGACUGACAGUCAGAAGUUAUUACGCAAGCCUCGGCUGCGAACGAGUCGCCUUUAAGAGCGAGCAGCAGCAACAGCAGCAGCAACAGCAGCAGCAGUGUCCCUAUAUACGAAUCGAAAGAUAUACUGCGCGUAGAGCGCGCGCGUGCACAGUGUGUACUCGGCACACGGCGAAAGCGGUAGAAUUUUCUCUCUGCACCGCGCGAAUCCCAUACGGGGAGAGAUAUAAUAGGCACGCUCUUGCACGCAGGUGAUAUUCGAAAGGAUAGCAGUCGUCGUCGCGCGCGCGCGCGCGCGCAGAAUAAACUCCCACACUCGCGUAGAGCAGCAGCAGCGGAGCUCUCGAGACGACUACUUGUCACAUACACACAGCUGCAGUCGGCAGCGAGAGAGAUCAUGGACCAACGACUGCAGCCGCUGCUUCCACGGUGACAAGUGCAGUUCGAUUGCGUGUGUUGCGUUCCGUGAGCAAAGUGCCGCCGUCAAUUGUGUCGUACUCGCGCGGACCGUCCCUCUGCAAUAAGAUUCAAUAAUAAAGCGAGUGAGUUAUCGCGAGAAUGAUAACGGUGGCGUCUGCUCUGGGGCGACACUGAUUACGUUCGAGGUGGCGGCGGCGACGGCGGUGGGCAGAGACCGAUCGUCAAAGGCCACAUGAAUUUGAAAUAGAAAGUCACCGAGAGCGUGCAUUGCGAUUAUUGUUCGUCAGGGUGAGCCUGACUCGGCUGCUGUGUGCGAAAAAGAGUGGUUCGACAAGUGCGCGAGAGAGAGAGAACGACUUUUGGCUCGAAGCGGUUCUCCCUUCUCUCUCUCUCUCUCUCUCUCUCUCUCUCUCGCUCGCUCGCUCGCUCGCUCGCACUGCCUGCUACUCCAGGGCUCGUUUGCUGACGAGAGGGGCAGAGAAAGGAGAGAAAGGGAGAGGCUCGCACGCACACACGGAGCGCGAAAGAGCGGCAGAUACACACGCUCGCUGGAAGGAAGAUGGCUACCAGCGGCUCUGGCGGCGGCAACAACAACGCCGACAGUGGCAGUGGCCUGGUAACGGCAUACCCGGCUGAAGUGUUGACCAGUCCGACGUCUUAUUACGGCAACUUGGCUUUUCGCGCGGGCCUUAACAGCAGCAGCAGUCUCGACAACGGCGCCAUCAGCAGCCUGGUGAUCGUGCCGCAGUGGAAGCGCGAACUUAUCCAGCGCAGGCGCCAGAACAAACAGCAGCAGCAGCAGCAGCAGCAGAAUUGUGCUCCAGUUAGGUCGACGACCACCUCCUUCUCCACCACCACCACCACUACCGACAAUACUGGCUCAGCGGCGUGUGGUGGGGCCUGUUUGACCGCUGCUGCUGACACGGCACCACCGCCACUCAUAACGUCGUCGACCGCGGCCAGCGACGCAGCCAUGCGCCUCGAAGCCGCUGUGAGCGGCGACCAAGCCAGGAUGAAAGCCAACAACCCGCUGUCACCAGGCACCACCAAGCAGGACGACUGCGAGAGUGAUAGCUCGGAGGAAUUGCAGUAUGGGCCGGGAAUUGUGCACAAACUCAGGAGCAGGUACCUCAAUAUGACCCUCAGGGAGAUGAACAAGAACAGAGCUUCGGUGCAGUGCUUCAGAAGGGCUGCUAGCUUGGAGGAUCUGCUGGAUCACAAGGAUGAGAGUCCUGACAAGAACAGAAGGUACGCCAAGAAGAACAUGACUGGAGCUGCUGCCAAGGUGGAGAGAUACAGGAAUGCCGCCAGAGGUAACGAGUCCAUGAAGAGAGCGAGGAGUGUGGAAACUCUGAUGAGGUAUAAUUCUGCCAUCGAGGAUACAACAAUUCAUAAUCAUCACAACAGCACCAAUAGAUUUGUGGCCAAUGCUUUUAAGCAGGAGAAUGAUCAUAUUAUACUGGUGGACAGAACAACUGUAAAAAUAGAGAAUCGUCUGCUGGACAAGGAAAGACUGAAGCCACCCAUCAACAAGCCCAAGAGAAUAAAGCCUGUGUUGGCUGAGACGGAGAGGCCACCACCAGAUCUAGUCAAAACCACUUUGCGCAUUUUUGAAAGUUCGUCUGUAAAGAAGCUCAAGCCGAAGGGUGAAGUUGCCGUGAAAGUUGCUACCUUUAAGACUAUCAAUGAGACAUUCAAGGCUCAAAACCAAAAGAAAAUCAUUCCAAAGCCACCUCUCCAGCCAAAACCAUUUGCCAAUGGCAAUUCCAGACUCAUUGCUUCUCCAAGGAAAAUAAUAGUACAGCGCAAACCCACAGCAGAAUUAAUCGAGCAGCAGAAUAGCCAGGAGGCCUAUCACAACGACAAUGUAAUUACAGAUCCCAUUGUACAGUCUGUGUCCUUGGUGGUCAGCAAGUUCCAGCAAAUUGAGAAGUCAUGCUCUCCUGCCUCGUCGCCAGAGCCAACUUUCAAUAAAAUUAAGUUUUCACCAGCACCAAGUCCAGAGCCAGUGACUGUCAAAGCUAAAGUGUCUUCUCUAGAUAUAAAAUCGCCAACGAUAACACCAAUUCCAUCACCAAGAACCAGCACCUCCCCCAAGGCCCAGUCACCCUUGUCCCCCAAAUUGGAAUUUGGCAAGCCACCCUCGGGUUACUUGCACAAAGCUUCCAUUAAUAAUUCCACACCCAUAACUAGUAAAUGUGAACAGUCUAAAACGAAUUCAGUGUCUUCUGAGAUGCCUAAGCUUGACUUUGACAAGGAGAAGGACAAGGACGAGCCGGCGGAGGAACAAGUGAAGGAAGCAACGUUAGAGAUAAGUAAUCAAAAUUUAGACAUAAGCGAGGUGUCCAAAACGAACGACACUUCCUCCUCGUCGGAAGCUUCGACCCUACUGGUGGAAAGCUUCGAAGAGAUGUCCGAGGUCGUCGACAGCCCUAGAGCAGUGUCCAAAUCCGCUCUGGACAAUAUAGGCAAAGCAGGCACGACAGUACAGUACAGUUUCAGCGAGAGUCCGGCCGUAAAAAAGUAUCUGCCGCGCUCGACAUCGAGUCCCACUGUACGAGAGACCGAGGACGACGAUUCCAUGGAGUACGACGAGCCCGAGCACGACGAGAGCAAGUCGAACCUAGAGAACAAUCAAAGUGUGCCUGGCGUCACCGCCGCCGCCGCCACCGCCGCUGUCUCGGAAGUUGUAGCUGCCUUGCCAGACUCGGCUUUAAAAGCACAAGACAGAGCGCUGGUCGACAGCUACGAUGAGAUCAUUUACAGAGAGGACCAAGCGUCAAUCGAGAGCAAGCCAACAGCAGCUGCAGCAGCGCCCAUCGGCGCUAUCUCCAGUCUAAGCCUUAUCAAAUCAACGACCACGACGAGUUACUCGCAAGGCAACGAGUCGAAGACGAUUCGAAGUCAGAAGUCAGAAUCAGUAUCGCCGCCGCAGAAGCAGAUAGGUAUAAUCAGACCGCUGGUCUCCACGAAAACUCAGCUACCGCAGCAGAAUCUCAGCAAUCGCGAGAUCGAGAAGAAUCUGAUCAAUCGAGUGAAGAGCAUCGAGCAGCAGCAGCAGCAACAGCAGCCGACGAAAGUGGUGGUGAGCUUGAAAAGUGCCGAGGAGAUACAAGCGGCGCCCGUGAAGAAGAGCCACUCGUCGUCGGCUGGAGGCCUCUGGGAGGCCAAACCAUGGAACCAGCAGAACAAUACGAUGGUCUUCAACUUUAGCAAUCGCAAGGAUGUGCCGGACUACAUCGAAAAUGACGGCUUGAUCAUCACUAGGAAACGCGACAAGCCAAGGGAGUUGUCGGGCAAUGGAUCGAACAUCGACAACGUGCAGCUGACCGAUGAUUCGGAUUCGGAACUGUCGGUUGGGCCACCGUCGCCAUGCGACGUUGCUUUUUACAACGACAACGUGCUUAUCAACGGGCGCAGUAACCUCUCGAGGACACCGCGAAAUCACAAGCAUCGUAUCCAGUUCGACGACACGGCAACACGGACAUUCGAGUACCCGAGCGAGGCAUCGAUGCUGUUACACGAAGCAGUCGUGUCGUCAACAGCCGUCAAGCGAAUUUCACUCGACGAAAAUCCGGCAGCAGCAGCAGCAGCAGUAGCAGCAGCAGCUGCAGCAGCAGCAGAAGCAGAAGUUGUCAACGUCGAUGGUAACGAAGCUUCCGCUUCCGGCGAGGUUGCUGGAGCAGCAGCAGCGGCAACUGCAGCUCGAGGCAGCAGCGGUACUCUGCCCUCUCUACUCGGUGGAAGUGCUCUGGCCAGUUAUACUCCUAGCAAAGUCGACUUGGCAAGUGAUGGUUUCGAACUUGGCGUAACGCGAGCAACAAUGACCACGUUAGCAUCGCCGCAAACUAUUACAUCACCACAACAGGAUCAAACACCAAUCGAUGAAGUAGAUUAUCUGAAGCCUUCGCAGGAUCCUCAGACAUGGGGCCAAGAGACGGCGGCCGAUAUACUGUAUUGAGUUGUCGCCGCCCAAAAAACCCGUAGCAUUCCAUUAAAAAGGGACAACCGAGCAUUUACUUAUUCGUACUAAUUUCUCGUAAAAACUGCCAAAAUGCGAAGACUUUCUACGAAGAUGUGUCGAAUUUUCUUCCGUAUCUUCCCUAUUCAUUUUUCGCACAAUUUCAUAUAGCUUACGAGAAUAUCACAGAAGAGAUGAAAGCAAUGCUAUAAAGGUGAUAAAAUGAUUUUUUGAAACCUUUUUGAGAUUAAUUUAAAAUAUAAGAUUGCUUUGCGCGCACUUUAGGAGAAACCCGCGAGGAAUUUUACGAUUAACAUUUUUUAAAUGAGAUAAAAUAUAAAACAUCCAUGUAAAGUUAAAAUUCGCCAGGCAUAUACUAUAUACGCAUAUACACAUUCAUUCGGCUAAUAACGGAAUGAAAAAAGGAAUAUUCAACAUUUAUACAUUUUCUGCCGAUUCUACAAGCGUGAAUUUACUUAGACGUACUCAUCGUGUAUAGGUAUUUAUGUAUAAUAAGCAGCUGUUUCUAAAAUUAAAAUUGUAGAUUUGUACAUUUGACCAAUUCCCGAUGCUGGUAAGCAUUUUUCACUCGUGUUAUGUGAUGUUGAUCGUCAGGAUAAACAAAAAAAAACGCAAAAAAAAAAAUAUAAAAGCUUAUCGUUUGUAUUUUUUUAGUUCUUUGUGAGCGCGCUCUUCUUGCUGUCUAAAAUCCGUACAUAAUACGCGGGAUUAACAAGUAAUCUUAAAAGUGUUACCGUCCACUUUCGUAUUUUUUUGAGUGAAGAACACAAGACGGUUCGUAUAAUAGGUGAUUUUGUCGUCUGCAACUUAUUUCUAAAAUUUUUGCUGUAUCAGCUUGCUAUGGCAAUAAUUUUAAAAGCAAUCUGUUGGUAAAAAACUGUAAUUUCGUGAAAAUGAGCUUUCAAAGUGCUCUACUUGUUAAGUGUAACGAGUAACUUAAAUCGUAUUUCAAAGUUGUACAUAACAAACAUAACUAAAUUAUUCAUAUUCAAAAGACCUUCAAAGAUCGAAAAUUAAGUAAUAGUGCAUAUAAUUUUUCAAAGAUGAUUCAUUUCUUUGUUUGAGAUAGAUUUGAAGGGUAUCUUUCUCUUGCCUUUUUGUUGUAAUGUUCAGUUGUAUUUUCUUUGUUUAAUUAAAGAGACACAUGCCAUUUAAUGUUCUGCGAAAACGCAAAUGCGCCAUUAAAUUAACGAGUGAAGUGCUUAAUGAUAACUUGUUGCGAGGUCAUGGACUGAUUGUAAUUGUAGUUACAGUAUUCAAAAUUUUCCCAAUCAUAAUCCAAUUUUUUUUAUCAUCUUCGUACGAAUCGUAUGAUUAUGAAUUGUCAUAUCAAUCAUUGUUGGGUUUGUUCACUAAGUUACAAAGCAUUUAAUCGUGAUUUCAUAUCGCUAAAUCAUUGUGAUAUCACGACGAUUCUUCUUUAUUUAAUGUUUAGUAGUGAUAGUUUGUGUCAUGGCAUUAGUGUCUCGUGUUGUGAUAAACUUGUUAAUUUUGUUCUUUGUGGUUAAAAGCAUGCGAGAGGAUUUUAAAUCGUACUAAGAAAGCUGGAAAAUAUAUUAAAGCAGAUUUAAAAUACUGCCCAAUGCUUGCCACGCAACUUAUUCAUAGAGAUUCACUCCAAAAUAUAAAUUAUGAAGAUUGAUUUUACGAAAAAAAUGAAUUGAAAUUCAAUCUCGAUUGCCAAAAAACACGUUUUAAACUUUAUUAAAAUGAAUACAUUUUAUCAAAGAUGACUGGAACAUGUGUGUUCUGAUUAUAUCCAUUUUGUAAAUCUGAACACUCAGAGUGCAGAAUCAAACAAUACAAUUUGUAUAAAGAUUUUAAAGAACUAUUAUAAUACAGUUCUUAUGGUGUAUAAAAUUGAUAAUCAAUUAAUGGUUUCUCUAUGAAAGGGUAAAAAUCUAGGCAAAUUCAACAAUACUGAUUUAUUACUUCCUAAAAGAAGACUUAAGAAUUUCCUUGUAAAUUGUCAAAUCAUUAUCAUUUAACAAUAUCAUUCAUCAUCGUUGUGGUUGUAGUCGUACUCGUUAUUGUCAUUAUCAUACCAUUUAUUUAAAUAUAAAACAAAUUAGUAUUACUCUACUAUGUACUAUUAUAAUUAUUGUAAGUUGUAAUCAUGCCA